GAAAGUACACCAGUGUCCCCACCGAGCGGUGCGUGUGGAGAACUGCAGGGAUCUCUCUCUCUCUCUAGAAAACACAAGAGAUCAUCAUCAUCCUCCUCCUCCCCCCCUGCGGUGCUUAGUGAAGAGGAGUGUACAUGCUCGGUGGUGGAGAGAGUCCAAGCUGAGGUGAUCUGACACACCGAGGAGACGCAGUCAAAUGAGGGAACAAACCGAGAAGUGAACCGGUGUUUUGCGCGUCAAAACGCGAGGGUGGUGAGGAGAGAAGACCAAGAAAUAAAUCCCACCCUGCUCUGACAAGGAAGACAGAGAGAGAGAGAGACUGCUCAGUGCAUCGCAAAGAUGGGGAACCGGGGAAUGGAGGAUUUGAUUCCUCUGGUGAACCGUAUGCAGGAUGCCUUCUCCGCCAUCGGUCAAAACGCAAACCUGGACCUGCCGCAGAUCGCCGUGGUGGGUGGACAGAGUGCGGGGAAGAGCUCGGUGCUGGAGAACUUCGUCGGGAAGGAUUUCCUUCCCCGUGGGUCUGGCAUCGUGACCCGUCGUCCUUUGGUUCUGCAGCUGAUGAACUGUCCCACAGAAUAUGCUGAAUUCCUUCACUGUAAGGGCAAAAAGUUCACAGAUUUUGAUGAGGUCAGGCAGGAGAUUGAGGCAGAGACUGAUCGCAUUGCAGCCAACAAGGGCAUCUCCCCUGUGCCCAUCAACCUGCGUGUCUACUCCCCUCAUGUGCUGAACCUGACCCUGGUGGAUCUGCCGGGGAUGACCAAGGUGCCGGUGGGCGACCAACCUGCAGACAUUGAGUCCCAGAUUAGAGAGAUGUUGAUGCAGUUUGUCACCAAAGAGAACUGCCUGAUGCUGGCCGUCUCCCCAGCCAACUCUGAUCUGGCCAACUCUGACGCUUUAAAGAUUGCCAAAGAGGUCGACCCUCAGGGUAUGAGGACCAUCGGUGUGAUCACCAAACUGGACCUGAUGGACGAGGGGACAGAUGCUAAGGACAUCCUGGAGAAUAAGCUGCUUCCACUCAGGAGAGGUUACAUCGGCGUGGUGAACAGGAGCCAGAAAGACAUAGAUGGCAAGAAGGACAUCAAUGCUGCCAUGGCUGCUGAGAGGAAGUUCUUUCUCUCUCACCCUGCAUACAGACACCUGGCUGACCGUAUGGGCACUCCCUACCUCCAGAAAGUCCUCAAUCAGCAACUGACCAACCACAUCCGGGACACCCUGCCGGGUCUGCGGGCCAAGCUGCAGAGUCAGCUUCUCUCCAUAGAGAAGGAGGUGGAGGAGUACAAGAACUUCAGACCUGACGAUCCAUCUCGCAAGACCAAGGCUCUGCUCCAGAUGGUGCAGCAGUUCUCUGUGGACUUUGAGAAGUGUAUAGAGGGCUCUGGGGACCAGAUCGACACAGCUGAGCUGUCAGGUGGUGCCAGGAUCAAUCGCAUCUUCCACGAACGCUUCCCCUUUGAACUGGUCAAGAUGGAGUUUGACGAGAAAGAGCUCCGCAAAGAGAUCAGCUACGCCAUCAAGAACAUCCAUGGCAUCAGAACUGGCCUCUUCACCCCGGACAUGGCCUUUGAGACCAUUGUGAAAAGGCAGAUUGGGAAGAUUAAAGAGCCUUGCACCAAAUGUGUGGACAUGGUCAUUUCUGAGCUAGUCAAUACGGUUAGGCAGUGUACCAAGAAGCUGGCUCAGUAUCCCUUGUUGAGGGAGGAGAUGGAGAGGAUCGUCACCCAGCACAUCAGGGACAGAGAAAACCGCACUAAGGGACAGGUUUUGCUGUUGAUAGAAAUCGAGUUGUCCUACAUGAACACCAACCACGAGGAUUUCAUCGGUUUUGCUAACGCUCAGCAGCGGAUCAGCCAAAUGAGCAAGAAGAAGGCAGCUGGCAACCAGGAUGAGAUCAUGCCGGAGAGAGGAGUUAACGAUCGGUUCAAGGUGAUCAGGAAGGGCUGGCUGACCAUCAAUAACAUCGGCAUCAUGAAGGGAGGAGCCAAGGAGUACUGGUUUGUCCUCACCGCCGAGUCCCUGUCGUGGUACAAAGAUGACGAGGAGAAGGAGAAGAAGUACAUGCUGCAGGUGGACAACCUGAAGCUGCGCGAUGUGGAGAAAGGCUUCAUGUCCAGCAAGCACAUCUUUGCCCUCUUCAAUACUGAACAGAGGAAUGUGUACAAGGACUACCGUCAGCUGGAGCUGGCAUGUGAGAGUCAGGAAGACAUUGAUGCUUGGAAGGCCUCCUUCCUCAGAGCCGGAGUUUAUCCUGAACGGGUCACUGAGAAGGAAGGAAAGAGUGACGGCGGUGAUGAAAAUGGCUCUGACAACUUGAUGCACAGCAUGGACCCUCAGCUGGAGCGGCAGGUGGAGACCAUCCGCAACCUUGUUGACUCCUACAUGGCCAUCGUCAACAAGACCGUCCGCGACUUGAUGCCGAAGACCAUCAUGCACCUCAUGAUCAACAAUACUAAGGAUUUCAUCAACGCGGAGUUGCUGGCUCAGCUGUACUCGUGUGGCGACCAGAACUCACUGAUGGAGGAGUCUCAGGAGCAGGCCCAGCACCGUGAUGAGAUGCUGAGGAUGUACUAUGCCUUGCGGGAGGCCCUCGGCAUCAUCGGUGACAUCAGCACAACCACCGUAAGCACCACCAUGCCGCCUCCCGUGGAUGACUCCUGGCUGCAGGUGCAGCGGAGCGGCUCCGGAGGAAGGUCUCCAGCCACCAGUCCAACUCCAAACCGCAGGGCUCCACCUGGACCUCCUGCCCGCCCAGGCUCUCGUGGGCCUCCACCUGGGCCUCCUCCUGCAGGGGGACCCCCUGUCCCAUCUCGCCCGGGGACCUCUCCGGACCCUUACAGCGGACCACCGCCCACCGUGCCCUCUCGGCCUAACCGCGCACCCCCAAGUGUGCCCAGAAUCACUAUCACUGACCAAUGAGGACUAGCGUUUCUGUCGGAGACCCCCGCCUUCUCCAACCCACUAGACCUCUGAGCUUCUCCCUCCCUCCGUCCGUCCGUCCCACCUCUGGAUGAGAGGACAACAGUGCCACCUUCCUGUCGUUUUCUGCCACACCCGACCUGAGCCGGCUCCCUUCUUCUCCCUCCUGCUCCCUUACAACAAGCCACGUGUCUCUUUGUCUCCCUAACUCCCACCCUUCCUCUCCCCUCUCCCCCCCGUUUCACACACAGAGAUGCAGAAUACUUGAAACACACCUGCAUGACAAAACCAUGCUGCACCCUCAGACUUUAAACAAACUAGGUAGAGAAUAUGAGCAACACUUUUGUGAGUGUAUGCGCACAUGUGCAUGCACACCGCUUACAGAAGUACACACACACACACACACACACACACACAUAUAUAAAUAUAUAUAUAUAUACAAGCAAAUACAUACGGCAUAUUUGUUCCUGCUUAUAAGCCUAAAAUGGGAGACGUUUGCAAACUUCAGCAUGACACUUUGCCUGAGUAUUACUUUAUACUCCAGCCUUUUUAAUGGGUAUUCUGGCUGCUGGCUGACUUAUUUUUUUACCUGGAUUAACAUUUGUUUUAUUGUUUUUUCUUCUUUUUUUAUAUAUAUAUAAAGGAAAGUAUUCCUUUAUUCUCACAGCAUUUCAGGCUAUGAGGUAUUUCCCUGGGGUCCUCAUCUUUAUGAUUUCUCUUUUCCUCCUCCCUCGGUCAUUCAGCCACAUAAGGUCUUCUUUUAUUUUCUUUUUCUUCUCAACGAACAGUCGGCCAAACAGGAGCGGGCCCCCUGCCACCAUUCGACUCUUAGAAGUAGAACCCCUCCCAUCCUCCCUUUUACCUCCUAUCUUCUAUGCUCGUUUCCCUAUCAACUUUAAAACAGACUGCAAUCUCCAUCGCUCACUCUCUCAGAGGCCUUGAAAGAAAUAAGGGAGGGAAAGGACUCCUCACCCUCAGAUACCUGGACAGACAGGGGCUGCUACUCUUCAUCCUUUCUUUCCUUCCUCCUCUUCUUCUUUUUCCCUUUGCAUUAGGACUGGAGGAGCGAUCAUCCGAGGAUCCUUCUGGACUUUUAUGCCUAUAUAGACUUCAGAAGACCUCUCUGUCACUGUCACUAAAUUCACCUGAGUGUGGACAGCCAGAUAGUUCACACAACUGUGCCGCAACCUCAAAAAGCGCUGCUGUCUGUGCUUCCACAGAACCUAUGCAACAAAGAAAAACGGUUUCCCAGUCUUUUUUUUUUUUUGGCUUGAAGUGGUGCCUCCCAUGGUUCUUUUCCCAUUUUCCUCCUCUCCUUUUCACAAAAAAACAUUGUUACUGCGUUAUCUUAUUAAGGCGGGAUCUAAAUAGAAAGUGCAAUAUAUGGAAGGUCUUUCUGCAGAAGCUCUGCAUGACAUCAGUCACACAAGAAUCAGUACAUUUUUAACCGAGUGGAAGGGAAUCUGGGGCCUGGGUGGCACCCUGAGACUGUUAGAUAGCUCCUUAUGUUUCCUAUUUAUUCAGAGGGGGGAAUGAGGUCUCUAAUGGGAAAGGUUUGUGUGUGUGUGAUUCCAAGUCGGCUUUGAUCACAUCAUACGUCGAAUAUUCUGAUGUACUAACAGGACAACUUUCAAGUUAAGAUCUGUAAUUCAUUGACUGUUUUUUUUUUCUUUCCUCUUUUCUUUCUUCUCUCAGCGGUCACGGGGGUGAGUGAAUGUGAAAACAGCCACAGUCUAUGCAUAAAAUCAGUCGCUCCUCCUGUUUCACCCUCAUAUCGCUGUCUUGAGAGCCUGUGAGUUCAACCCACAACCCACCUUUUCACCUUAUCUGCUGUCAGUGCGACGUAUUGUAUUUUGACCCAAACAACAAAAAACAACAACCCACCAGCCACAAAGAAAUCCACCUCUGCACCUCAAUUGAUGUCCUUCUAACCGUUUAAAGAAACACUUCAUUGACCCCUUGUGCAUCUCAGUACUCACAAACACAACAAAGCAUAUUAUACUUAUUUAACAGUAAAUAGUUUAUGAUGGACAUAUCUUAAUGUGUUAUUAUGUAUAUGUGUGGUGCAUCUUAUGGGACUUGUACUUCCACUGUCUAGAGAUUUUAGUCUGCAAUGUAUGACAUUUCUGAAUAUUUAAAUUAUUAUGAAUAAAUGUGUAAGGAAAUAUUUAAAAUGAAAAAAAAAGGUGUAAUGCAGUGAUGUAUACGUUGGCAGGUUGUUUGAUACUUUAGCUUGUAGCAGAGUUUUUUUUCUUUUCUUUUCUUGUCUCUGUGUGUAGAAGAGCAGAGAGACAGUGUGAAUGUGUCAACUCCUGCAGUCCUGCAUCUUAUUCAAACUGCUGUGGAUUGAACGAUGACUUUAACCUGCAGGAUUGCUGUGCUUUGUCAACACAUUAAAAAACCUCAGUGUACUCAAUGAAGUCUCCUCUUUGUCUCUUUCUGAUAAACCUUUUUCAUGAAUGAUAGUAGAGAAAACGCAGGUGUGAAUAAACAGUGGCUGAAUUUCAUUUAGCUACUUUAGUUUAGUGCGUUGUUAAUAUUAUCAGCAAACUCACAUGCGCAUUAUAGAUGGACAAAUCAAGACACGAUGUGUUUAAGUUGCUCAAUCAGUUUUAUUCAGGAGAAGGGGAGAAAAUAUUACUCAAGGAAAAAAAAUCAGUAAGCUUCUGUCAGAAGCAGCCCUCGAACAAAUCAGUUCUCUGAAUGAUCCUUCAUUUCAAUCAAACACACUUCUAUCUUACAUUAAAACUGAUUAGUUGAGACACUAACUUAUUCCAAAUAAAUAGAAUAUUUUUCUGUUUUUUUUUCUUUUAGUCAAUCUUUGUAUUAAAUCACAGCCAGUCAGUAACCGCCGACACCCCGACUCCAAACUAACAGACAUACACACACUGCCAGUAAACAUGGCAGAGCAGCUUUCCCCCACACACCAGGCAUAAUGAAUAUACAAUAUGUUACACAGUUACAGUAUAUACACCACCUCUUUUACAGUAAGGACGAUAAAUGCGUUCUCAUUUCUAUUCGUUUCAAUCACGUAUAACAUAUUUAACAGUGAAUUAGAAACCGUGGGAAGUCCUUUUAUCCACAAUGUUUUAUUUGAUAUUUUACAAGCCCCCCCAAAAAGACACUAAAAGGAUUUUAUUGUAUAUUUACCUCUUGGUCUGCCCACUCCCAAACACAAAAUGAAGAAAAAAAAAAUCCUAUUUAUUUAAAUCAUAUUUUGUGGCGUGUUUCAAAGGAAACCAAAAAGUGACCGAAUGCUACAAAGGGAGGAACUUUUAAAAAAAUCAACAAUGAGAGUGACCACAGCAUUUACUAACAAAGUGCUGUGGUGGUUUAGGGUAGACGCAGUGCUGUUUACUUUCCCGGAAUGACACCAAAUACAUACGGCUUCCAUAUACCUUAUAUUUUAAUUACAUCUGACUUCCUAUAAUUGGCUUAAAAUACCAGAAUUUGCACUAAAGCCUUAAGUCCUGUUGCUUUUAGUGAUAAAUAUGUGUGCAAGUUAAUAAUUGAGCAAAUGUGUCAAUAAAAAUCGAAAGACAUCCAAAUAAGAGGGUAAGAAUAUCUCCAUGACUUACACUGAGACCCUCACAUACUUGGAUAUUAAAAUCAUGGAAAGACUCUCAACAAAACAGAGGCCUCUGCCAUGAUUUCAUCUGAAAUGGGGGGGGGGGGGGGGGGGGGGGGGGGGUGGGCAAUGAGCUGUGAUAGUGUAGCUCUUAGUGAAUUCAUCCUCCAAUCUACAUUUGUGAAUAUGAGCAUCUCUCUCUUAAAGAAGGAUGAAAUCGGUCCAGAUGUUGGGAUUCUGUUAAUGCCCAAAGAUGAAUUCAAGUGUUGUUCAAAUCUGACUGGUUUUCCAGUUUUUGAAAAGAGUUGUUCAUUUUCUCAAAUUCCGAUUGGUCCCUCUCGUUUAGGAAUAACCUCACGACUUCAUGACGUGAGCGAUCUCAUUUAUUACACCUUCUGCUCGUAUUUACACAGCUUCCUCCUUCAUCCUCCCAAGUGCAACAACGCACGCAAACACACACCGACACGCUCCCAAGUUAGAUUUGCUUCAUCUGGAACCCUCAGCUUAGGUGAGUGGCUUCAUAGGGUUCCCCUUUUUUUCUCCACAGAAACUAUUAAACCCAGCUAAGAGGCUCUAUGGUAGAAACUUCAUCUGUCCAACCAGCCACAGAGGACAGACCUGAAUGAGAAGCUUUGUACAGUUUUAGUGCAAUCAUACUUAUAUAAUCUGAUAGAACUCUACAAAAAAAACGGUAUAACAGAUGCAACUUCAUCCGGAGGGGAACUGGUUUGGAUUAUACACACUCACACUCACACACUCCAGUUGUAAAGGAUGUGCAUUAAUUCAUCUUUGAUAUGUGGAACAACAAGCAAGCGUAACAGAACAGGCUCUUAUUAAUAGUGUCAAUUUGUUCAGGAACUCAAAGACCCCAUGAAACAGAAGUUAUGGAUGAGCAGCUCUAAGGACAAAAAUAUAUAUUUUCAUGACUUGAGUGAUGAGAGUAUGGACUGAGUUUGCGAUAUGACCGAAUGCCUCAGAAGAAGACUUAUGAAUGCAGAUAGAGAUAUUUAACACCAUACUUCUUGUAACUUCCUCUAGUGACUGCACCUCUGUAUCGCGCCGACUGCAAAGAUUAAGUUGAACUUGCUGAAAACAAUAAAGAGCAAAGCAGCCCCUAGAUAUUUAUCUGAAUUAGAAGAUGCCACUCUCUCUCUGUUUCCGCUAACUAAUGGAAAAAAUACUGCCUUAAUAUCUUUGACUAAAAUUUGUCAUUUCUUCACAGGGUCUUUAAAUUGCAUCUUUGCAUCCCCCCCCUAUCUUUUCGGAACUGGUGGUGACUUCUCUCAGUCUUUCGGGAUGUUUGACAUCACAACACAAACGCUUCACAUAUAUUAACAUUUUGCACUGUACAAACAACUUAUUUUCAGUGUUUCGGAGAAAACGACAACGUAGACUAACAGGUAGUUUUUAAGAACAGUACCAGUCUGCGACACCUGCCUCCUUGCUUCCUGAACCUGAUCAUGUAACUAGCGAGCUUGUGGCUUUCAAAAACAGAACAGCGCUUACGGUUCAAAAAGCUAAUUAUGUGCACUUAAAAGUUUCUUUACCGACUUAAACUUAUGCCUCGCUCUUCAUCUCUUCUCGCUCGCCAUCAUCAGUUCUCCUCACAUUUCGUCAUUACAGAAACACACAGGUAAAUAUUCGGGUUAUUACAUUCAAACGCGAUGCUCUUUUUUUUUUUUUUUUUUGCAUUUGUACAGUGAAUUGUGUAAAACUGAGAUUUGCACUAAAAAUAAAGUCACACACAAACUGGCUGCUUUUUUUUUGACAGCUCUUUAAGUACUCUAUCAGCGAGGGGGCAGAAUAUACGGCCCCUUUAUUGCACUUUGUGUAAGACAGGAGACGAGAGGAAAGAUGGGAACUAAAAAUUGCGGUAAGGAGAAUAAUCAGAUUGUGGUAAGGAAUACUGAUUAUCACUACUCUGGGAAGAGCAUCAUAGACAAAGAAAAACAAAAACAA